AUGAUCUUUGCUUGUGUAAAGACUAUUCAUAGAUCAUUGGGAGAACAUCAGACAAAGUAUGUUUGGAAGGAGAUAAGACAAUCACCUACGUUGUUGGCACUCUUUGGUCAACUUGAUCAUCUCAAACAAUCAUGUCUCGAACAAGAACAGAGAUACUCAAAGUAUCGCUGGUCUGAGAUUGAUGGUGCCCCAUUCGCUCCCAACCUUCAACAGAUUGUGAAGCAGGCAAUCAUUGGAGGACAUCUCAAUAUACUCGAAUGGGCAUAUCAACGCUACUAUCCACAUGUCCACGAGUUGUUUGAUGGACUGGCAAAUCAUGCCAUUGACAAAGGCCAUGUACACAUUGUUCGGUACCUCGGACAUACCCUGCCCGCCGGUCACAAGGCCUUCCACAACCUACCGACCUCAUCACAUAUGUACGAGAUAUCAUCAGAUAUGCUGCAAUGUCUCAUUCAUGAGGUGUUCCGCAUACCUCUACCCUAUCAACAUAACAUUCCCGAGAGAUUGAAGCGCCUUCUAAACUUGAAUGAACGUUGCUGUACCAACGUCAUCUCGUCACUCUCACUAUGGUGUUGCAAGAGUCUAGAGCUGAUCAAAUAUCUCCACACCAAUGGACUGCCAAUCAUGAAGGAAACAGUCAACGCUGCGGCCAAGGCAAACGAACUCGAGGUCUUCAGGUAUCUGGAGAUUGAAUGCAAGCUGGGCAAGCAUAUCAAGGCUGCAGCGAUGGACAUUGCCGCAGGAGCAGGUAGUCUAAAGAUAGUCAGAUAUCUCCAUGAGAAUCGCAAUGAAGGCUGCUCAGAGUAUGCAUUGUCGGAUGCCGCAACACAAGGACAUCUUGACGUGGUGCGAUAUCUACAAGAGAAACGAGGUAACAAGUGCAAUCUGGAGGUGGCACUAGAACGUGCGAUAAUACAUGGACAUCUUUCGAUUGUAGAGUACCUACAUCGGCUCACGCCAAAUGGAUGUCGUCAUUGGAUGUUUAAGUCGGCUGCCGAGGCUGGCCAUCAUCAGGUCGUCAAGUUCCUGUGCGACAAUCAAUCAAACGAUCAGAUCAGAUAUGCUUCAAGUGACCUGCUAUUGAUUGAUAGUCCCUUGGUCUUGGACAUCUUGGAUCGUCGAUUGCCCAAUAUGGUGUGGCCUCGCUACAUUCUAUCGCAAGCGUUCAAACAACGAAAGAUUGACAUCAUCGAUUAUCUUGUGAACAACCAACAACAACACCUGGGCAAAUGGGUUGAUCUCAAGGUGAUUGGUAAAUCGAUGCGCCUGGAAGACCCAUCAUACUUCUUCAAGCUUGUCCAAUACCUCCCUGGGGGAGAAUAUGCCCUAUCAGAAACAUUCUCGCUCAUUCAAAUGGCACCCUUCUGCCAGCAUCGAACCAUCCUUGAUUAUGUGUAUAAAGAAUCAAUCAAGUAUAAUUGUUCAUUCACCCUGCCAACGUUUAUCCGGUACAUCCGUGGUGGUAGGAUGGCCAAGGUGGAACUGGAGUCGUUGCAUUACUUCAAUGUAAAAGGUGACUUGAAAUCAAAGAGUCAUGAACUUUUUGAAAGUGCAUUGGACUCCAAUCGAAUGGAUAUAGUCUUGUACGUUGUGGACACUUUCGAGUACUCGAUAUUUAGACGUGCAGACGUGUUUGACAAGGCAAUAAUAAGUGGAUCAGUUGAAACCCUUUGCCGGUUCAUCUCCAGGAACGAAGGACAAUUGCCAUGGACGUAUACAUUGUACAGUGACGCAGUGAAUGACUCCAUUCUCAAAGGCAACAAGAAGAUGAUACGAUUCCUUGCAGGGACGCCUCAUUGUUAUAAAGUGGAAUUUGAGGCCCAACACUCGUUCAACACAUACAUGUCCAAGAAACACACAGACAUCGAUCGCGAUCCAAACAAAGUGGCACGAUUCAUUGACUACAUGUUGAAGAAUCACGAGAUAGAAGCCCAACAGUCAUGGUUUAAACAUGGCGAUUUAUUCAACUUGGACGCGACCAUCAGUCUCUGGGAAGCUGGAUGCACUACAUAUGAUCUGGGUGUUGCCUUUAACGGUUUGAAACAACAACACACCGACGUACUAAGGUUCGUCCACUUCAACUUCCCCAAAGAGAUGAUCCUAAGUGAUCAAACUACUCCAUUCAUUUCAAAGCGAUUAUCAUAUAUGUUUGAACGUAUGGAGAAGCAUCCAGUGUCCAACGAUUUGGUCAACAAGUUCCUAAUCAAGGAUGAUAAACAAAAGGUAUCCAAUAAAGUAUUAAGUGUGUCACAUUGA